AAAGAAGAACCUGUCAAGAUGAGUGGUCGCGGAAAAACCGGAGGCAAAGCCAGAGCUAAGGCUAAGACCCGCUCAUCCCGUGCCGGGCUUCAGUUCCCCGUGGGUCGUGUCCACAGACUGCUGCGCAAAGGCAACUAUGCAGAGCGUGUGGGAGCCGGCGCCCCCGUUUACCUGGCAGCUGUGCUCGAGUACCUGACUGCUGAGAUCCUGGAGCUGGCUGGCAACGCAGCCCGCGACAACAAGAAGACUCGCAUCAUCCCACGUCACCUGCAGCUGGCUGUGCGCAACGACGAGGAGCUCAACAAGCUCCUGGGGGGAGUCACCAUCGCUCAGGGUGGUGUGCUGCCCAACAUCCAGGCUGUGCUGCUGCCCAAGAAGACCGAGAAGCCCGUCAAGGCCAAGUAAACGCAAAGCGCUUGGCUUCACCAACAACAAAGGCUCUUUUAAGAGCCACACACUUCUCUCUGAGCAAACAUCCUUCUUCUUAUUACUUUGUCUUUAACAACUUGUGUACUAGGAGAUGUAGAUUAUGCAUCUUGAUUCAUUGGCAAAUGUACAUUCAUUCACUUCAUCUUUCACAGUAAGGGAUUAUAAUCCACAUUCAAAAAAAAUAAAUAAAUAAAUAAAUUAAAUCCUAAACAGUGUGCGUUUGUAUUAUUCAGAAGACAAGAACAGAGAUUACACUCCGGGUUUCAAAAUAAAACCAAAGCAAAAAGCUUCCGUCUCUCCUGCUGUGUGAUUAAGGCUCGUGCCUUGUUCAACC